AUGUGGCAGCUACUGGAAGCUACGCGAGGCCACCAUAUUAACCUUCCUUUGGACGAUCCGCUUCGGCUAUGCGGAGCUGAGGAGCAGUCGGAGGUACUGAAGUCGCUCAGCCAGGGCGAUGACGGGACGUCGACGCGCGAUAGCGACUCGGACCAGGUCGCGCUAGAAUCGGUCGAUCAGGAUCUGCAGGGAUCGGCUCCGGUGCAGUCGUUCCCGAAGCACCUGCCGCCACCCUCGGCCAUCGGUCACGUCCCGGUUGGCAUAGGGGCAGCAGUCGGCGGAGGCGGAGGUGGCGGCCUCGGUGGCCCAGUAGUGCUACAGGGUGGUCCCGGGCCAAAGCAUGGACCCGGUCACGGUGCCCACGGGCAUGGCCAUCACGGACCACCAAGCCGAGCCUCACUAGGUCAUCCAGGGCAACCAUUUGGACCGCCACCACUACUACCGGUACCACACGCAUACCAUGGACCACCACCACCACCUCCACCACCACAGCACCAGCAGCAGCAGCAGCAGCAGCAGGUACUGCAAGGGCCACAAGGACCGCAGGGCCCUCAGGCGGCACAGUCCAAGGUGCACAGCCUGGAGCUGACCAGCGGGGACAAGGGAGCGCACUAUGGUGGGCCACUGGCCGGGAACGAGCUGUGGUCGUCACCGCUCCAGGACAUGCCGAAGAUCGUGUCGCUGGACGUAAAGUGCGAAAAGCAGGGCAUGAAGGUGUACGUCCAGUUCGACAAACCCUUCUUCGGCAUCAUCUUCUCCAAGGGCCACUACAGCAACGUCAACUGCGUUCAUCUGCCGGCCGGGCUCGGCAAGACGUCGGCCAGCUUCGACAUCGGUAUCCACGAGUGCGGUACGGCCGGCAACACGGACAACGUCCUGUACAACGGAUACUCCGGUACCGACACCAACGCCGGCUCGUACUUCGAGAACAUCAUCGUGCUGCAGUACGAUCCGCAGGUGCAGGAGGUGUGGGAUCAGGCCCGGAAGCUGCGCUGCACCUGGCACGAUCAGUACGAGAAAUCGGUCACGUUCCGGCCGUUCCCGGUCGAUAUGCUGGACGUGAUACGGGCCGACUUUGCCGGUGACAACGUCGGUUGCUGGAUGCAGAUCCAGGUCGGUAAGGGUCCGUGGGCGUCGGAGGUGUCGGGUUUGGUGAAGAUCGGUCAAACCAUGACGAUGGUGCUCGCGAUCAAGGACGACGACAGCAAGUUCGAUAUGCUGGUGCGCAACUGUAUGGCGCACGAUGGCAAGCGGGCACCGAUCCAGCUGGUCGAUCAGCGUGGUUGCGUGACGCGCCCGAAGCUGAUGUCGCGCUUCACCAAGAUCAAAAACUUCGGUGCAUCCGCCUCGGUACUGUCGUACGCCCACUUCCAGGCCUUCAAGUUCCCGGACUCGAUGGAGGUGCACUUCCAGUGUACGAUCCAGAUUUGCCGCUACCAGUGCCCGGAGCAGUGCAGCAGCGAACCGGGCGCCCAGCAGCUCGAUGUGCACCAUCUGUCCGGUGGACCGGAACACCAGCAGUACGGACCACCGCCACCGCCCCCGCCCCCACCCCAAUCGCUCGAUGCGCACGUGUUCACCUCGAACCGGAAGCGGGACGAUCGGCGGAUCCAUCGGCGCACGCGACGCACCGCUACCGCAUCCGCAUCCGCAUCAGACAACGCCCAACAACAGCAGGAGCAGGAGGACGUCGGGUUAAACCGCGUGAUACGGGUAGUGUCACCGGGCGAUCUUACCUUCCCGAUCGGUGCGCUCGGUCAGAACGAUACGCUGCUUGACUCGACCAUGGUCUUCUCGGCAAGGGACGAAGGUCUCAUCUGUAUGACCACGCCCGGCUUUACCGUCACCAUCGUCGUGCUGCUCUCGAUUCUGCUCGCCUCUUGCGUCACGUCCGCCUUCCUGUGCGUGCGCCUCAAACCGUUCGCACUGUCCGCACUCGGUGGUGGUGGUGGUGGGGGUGGUGGUAUUUGUGGGACCUCGACCGCCAAGGAGCGCUCGGUUGCCUUUACCAAUCCACGGUUGACACACGGGACCGCGAUCCCUGCCACCGUACUGUGCGGACCGCAGGGUGGGCCCAGCUCCCUCACUAACACACCCAACAACGCCACCAGCAGCACACUCAAGUCCACCAAAUCCGUCUCCUCCAAAACGUCGCCGCGCAUCUUCUAUACCUGA